AUGGCGUCAGGGCUGACGGUGAUGGUGCUUGUGAUCGCGGCGGUGAUGAUGGCGAAGAUGGUGAAUAUGAGCCGGAGCAUGAUGCCGAGCGUGCUCUCAUCCAAGGGGGACGCGCAGAAGCGGACGGCUCUCGCGUCAAGGUUCUCCGAUGCUGUUGAAGCCGCAAAAGUCCUGCAGCAGAAGAAUGCGCUCGUUUCCCGGCAUCGAAGGGGUCUUGCUGUUAGGGGAGAUGCUAACGACAGGGCGCCUCAAGCUCAGCCACAGCCAUCCAGCACACAGCACGUCACCUCUCCUCCUUCCUUCGUCCCAGGGAAGCACAUCGUCGACAUCGACGCCGGGGAGCUCGUUGCUGGCACCGACGUCACUUUCCAUGACUUCAACGCAAGGGGGGCGGUGGGCCAACCGACUGCGCCCUCGGCCAGGGAGCAGUCGAACGACCGCAGGAUGAUCGGAACCGAUGCCACGUUCCAUGACUUCAACGCUCGUCGAGGAGGAGAGGCUUCUACUGCAGCAGCUGGUCCUUCAAAGGGCUACAGGAGCCAUCGCGUCACUGAGGCGCAUCGGAGGCAUCGGACGGCUCAGAAGUCGUUGGACGCCACGGACAAGAGACCACAGAGCAUGGAUGCUCCCCAGACGAUCAACGUGGCGAGCGGGUUGGGAGGAGGGGUCCCCAGCUCUAUGUGGGUCACCCACCGUCGUGCACAACAAGUGAAGCAGGAGGGAUCGCGAGUGGCGCAGAAGUCCAGGAGGCCUCAGGAUGCGAGGGGAACACGUGUAGGCAGCAAGGCAGAAAGCCAACCAGCUCAACGACGCCUCACCAUGCGAGACAUGGAGGACAACGUUGGGACAAACAUUGUCUUUCAUGGCGUUGUGAACGAGGUGAGGGAGGGGAAGGGAGGAGGAUACGCCAUGCCGACUGUGGGGCAGGGAGGAAUCCUCGGAGCGAGGAGGAGGGGAAUUCGCUUCAACGACAGAGAAAUGUACUGA